AUGUCAUGGAGAGAUCCGCGUUUAGUGAGUAGUUUGACAACAAUUUUAGUUAAAGAAGAGGAAAUUUUGGAAAAAAUAUGGAGACCAGAUCCAUUCUUUGAUGUAAAGGAGGCUGAAUUUCAUGAAGUUACUUUUCUAAAUUUCCUGAUGCGUAUAUUUAAUGAUGGGCUGGUUCUUUACGAAACUAGAAUAAAGCUCAAACCAGCAUGCAAUUUAGUUCUUUGCAAAUAUCCACACGUUGCUUAUCCUCUACCAACUGUUCGGUUCGAGUGGUUUUCUAAUAGAAAAAAUGCUAUUGAUAAGAAUCCGGAGGUCAGACUUCCAGAACUUUAUAUUGACAAUUACGAGCCUGCAAAGUGUAAUAGAUCUCGAAAAAGUGGAGAAUUUGCUUGUCUUCGUGCAAUUUUUAGACUGAAGCGUGACGUUGGUUUCCACAUUGCUCAAACAUACAUUCCUACUUCACUUGCUUUGAUGUUCUCAUGGGUAGGGGUUUGGUUACCAGAGGAAUUUAUGGAAGGGAGAAUUGGUGUUGCAAUUACUGUAUUAUUAACACUCUCUACUGAAUCGGCUGGAGCUCGCGAACAUUUGCCAAGUGUAUCAUAUUUAAAGGCAAUCGAUCUAUGGUUCGGAUUUGUGACCGGUUUUGUCUUCUUCACCCUUUUACAAACACUUUUCGUCAUCGGUUUUGAUAAACGAGCAAAUCAAUUGAGAAAAUGGGCUCAGAAGAAGCGACGGGGCACAUUGGAAUUAAGCCGAGAAGCGAGAGAGGAUAUGUCAGAAAGAGCUGAUAAAUAUCACAAAAUAGGUCGUUAUUUAGAUAAUUGUUGCCGUGUGUUUUACCCGCUUAGUUUUGCUUUAUUUCUUAUUCUCUAUUAUUUUAUGCUGACUGAAGGGCGUCAGGAUGAUUGUUUCACAACAAAUGAAUAG